AUGCUAUCACGAUUUGGCGCUGAUGAUGUACUGGACCGCUCUGCUAAUGCAUUCUUGGAGGGCCUGAUGAGCAUCUGGGCGCCCAGCCCAGAGCAAACGGUGAAAGCUAUCAUGCAACAUGGAAGAGCAUUGAGGUGUUUGCGCGAAGCUCUGUACGAUCCUAUCCGGGCCAAGUCACCUUACACCCUCUACGCAACCAUUCUAUUUAUGAUAUCGCGAAACUGGUUCUCAAAAGGGCGCACUGCACAGGUCAGCCACAUGGAAGGCAUAGUCUACUUGUUGAAUGCAAGCGCUCGCAAUGGGUGGGCUUGUCGCGAUGACAAUUUGCGUGUUAGUAUGCUUUUUCCUGCGGCUAUGGAAGCAAUCAUUAACCGUAAGAUUACGGUCGACCAAUGGUAUACACUCCGCCACGCGCCUUCCUUCGGCCCACACCAACCACUCCAUGAGGACCAUAACCUGCCUAUUGGAUCACUCAGCCUAGCUACAAUUCUCAACAUCCCAAAUCUCCUAGAUGAGCCACAGUGCCACCGGGCUCAAAUUCAGACAGAAUAUGCGCUUCUGCAACACGAAUACCCGAUUAUUCUGAAGCGACUGAAGGCCCUGACUGACUUUCCUGAUCGAGCGGAGUCUCAACAAAGCCUUCUGGUUGUACAGAUUCAACUGGAGACCGCCGGCAUAUACAUGCUCUCUUAUUCCCUAAUACUAAAUGCCUUUCUCGCGACGCUUGAUCCGCUUGAUAAUAGACUACAUUGGGAGUCGAUAGAAUUGGCGAGAGAAGCUAUCCGACUAUCUAGGGAAUGCGCAUCACACCUGCCUGUCGGAAUGGGUUUUGUGCCGUGGGCUCUCCUGGCGGCAUGGGCAGCUACCAGUGACUAUAGUAUUACGCGGGAAAUUAUGGUUACGAUGCGACAAAGUGAUGUAUAUUAUGCGGACCUGGAAUACGUUCGAAUGUUUCGUGCUUUAAAGCGGCGGAUUGCCAAGUUGAAGGGGGCGGCAUGCGAGAGCUGCCAGUGCGUGGGGGAAUCACACAUUACUUGCAAUGACACACUCAGUUUUGACUGGGGGAUGGGCUUAUUGUGA